GCCAUCUUCAAGCUUGAGUUCUGAGAAAAAAACUCAAUCUUUGGCUCAUUUUAUUCGAACAAAACUCCUUUCCCCUUGCUCUGCCUCUGUUUUGAGCCAUCUUCAAGCUUGGGUCCUUUUGUUUUUGCAUAAAAAAUGGGGGUUUCCCAGAAACAGCAGCUGGAUGGAGUAUUGGAUUCCGAAGGGAAGAAAUGGAUGAUCGCCGGAAUAUCGUUACUAACUUCGUUGAGGCCAAUAAACACGAAGCCGAGAUCGAAAGAAAGCGAAGAAGAAGACGAAGAAGAAGAGACUUGUUCAACAACUCCGACUUCGAAAGAAGCAAAGAUACCAGCGAAAUUGGCGUGCCCUUUAGCUCCGAGUAAGCGUAGGCCUACCCUAAGAUGCCAUUACAAUGGAGUUAGGGAGUUCUUCACCCCUCCUGAUUUGGAAUCUGUAUUCAAUCUCCGUCUCUGAGUUUGAAGAAAUUUGGGGUUUCGUAGGUUAGCCAAAAUAGCAGACAAGAGCUCAAGGUGUAUAACGAUAUGAUAUUUUGUAUGAUAUGGGUAGUGUAGUUUUUCUUUUUCUU